AUGAUGAUAAGAAUAUUUGUUUAGAGAGGAUUUGUGAAAAUGGGCCUCCACUUGCCAAAACUAAUUCUGAUUGUAUAGGAUUUCUUUCUACAUGUUAAAAAGGUGGUUGUCGAAUAUAAGAGUGUUUUGAUUAUAAUUAUGCAAUAGAUUCUGCUUGUGUUUCAAUAUUCUAAAGCAACAAAUGUGCAACAAAUGGAUAUUAAUGUGUUUUUCGAAUGGCUUGUGAAGAUGUUAGUGUUAUUGAUGGUUGUACAUUUGAUAUCAAUCUCAAUCCUUAUGUCUGGAUUGAAGACAAAUGUUAUACAAAAUCUUGUAAAACUGCAUCAAUUUCACUGA